AUGGCUGACACUCAGCAGCCAGGGGAUAUGGCUGACACUCAGCAGCCAGGGGAUAUGGCUGAAACUCAGCAGUCAGAGGAUAUGGCUGACACUCAGCAGUCAGGGGAUAUGGCUGACACUCAGCACUCAGGGGAUAUGGCUGACACUCACACUCAGGGGAUAUGGCUGACACUCA